CCCGGCGGGAUGGCGGCGGCGGCGGGCGCUGCGCUGGCGCUGGGCGGGGGGCUGCUGCUGGCGGCCUGGCGCUGGCUGCGGGGGGCGGCCCGCGCCCUGCGCGGCGGCUCCUCCAUGCGGGGCAAGACGGUGAUCGUCACGGGGGCCAACAGCGGGCUGGGCCGGGCGGCGGCGGCCGAGCUGCUGCGGCUGCAGGCCCGAGUCAUCAUGGGCUGCCGCGACCGGGCGCGGGCCGAGCGGGCGGCCCGUGAGAUCCGGGCCGAGGUAGGGGGUGGCGAGGGAGGCGGCGAGCUGGUGGUCCGGGAGCUGGACCUGGCCUCGCUCCGCUCCGUCCGAGCCUUUUGCCACCGCGUCCUCCAGGAAGAGCCAAGGCUGGAUGUCCUGAUAAAUAAUGCAGGGAUAUUCCAGUGUCCAUACAUGAAGACAGAGGAUGGUUUUGAGAUGCAAUUUGGUGUAAACCACUUGGGUCACUUCUUGCUCACCAACCUUCUUCUGGGCCUCCUCAAAAAUUCUGCUCCCAGCAGGAUUGUGGUAGUAUCCUCAAAGCUUUACAAAUAUGGAGAGAUCAACUUUGAAGACUUGAACAGUGAAAUAAGUUACAAUAAAAGCUUUUGUUACAGUCGGAGUAAACUGGCUAACAUAUUAUUUGCAAGGGAGCUGGCCCGUCGGUUAGAAGGGACAGGAGUCACCGUCAAUUCGCUUCAUCCCGGGAUUGUCAGAACCAAUCUAGGCAGAUACGUGAAUAUUCCUUUGCUGGCAAAACCCCUAUUCAACUUGGUGUCCUGGGCUUUCUUCAAAACACCUCUGGAAGGAGCCCAGACUUCUAUUUAUUUGGCCUCUUCUCCUGAUGUCGAAGGCGUGUCGGGAAAAUAUUUUGGGGACUGCAAAGAGGAGGAACUGCUGCCCAAAGCCAUGGAUGACUUGGUUGCAAGAAAGUUGUGGGAUAUUAGUGAAGUGAUGGUUGGUUUAUUGAAAUAAGUGCCAGGGGGUAUCUGCUAAAAGAAUGCAGAUAACUGCAACAUGUUUCCAGUGGUGUAGUUCUCACUUUAAAUGCUGUGGUAAUACAACUAGAGGAGUGCUUUUAUGCUGGGACUCUGCUUUCAAAUAAAGAACAAUCUAUUUAGUAGACACAGGCAUUAAAAAGAGUCUGAAAUAAAGUUUGAGGGUGUGCGUAUAAUUCCUGAUUAAAUCUGCUUGGAAACUCUUUGUUUGACAAAUAAAUCAAACUGUGUUUUGCCACAUAUGUGCAUAUUUAAUGUGUUCCACUACUUGUAGUUGGGCUGGGCAAUGCAGGGUACUACUGAUGGUGAAACACUUCUGCUGUAUAAAGUUGUUUGUGUUUUUUUUUUUUUUAAUAGAUCCUAAUAGUAAUGAAAUUGUUGUCUUUUUUGAGCCAUCACAACAAAAAAUGGAAUAAACAGAUUUACUUACAUCUUA